UCGAUCUCCUCCUCACGACGAGUCACGACCAGACGACGUAACUCCUUCCCUCACCACCUGGGAUUUUUCUUUCCAGAUCUAACUCCCACGGAUCCGGCGACUGAGGCUAAUCACAGCGGCUUCAGCUGUUCUUAGGCUGGCAGGUAGCUUGCCGUUUUCUGCACGCCGAGGAUCUGGUGUCUCCGUCGUCUGACCUUUUCGAGCUCGCCGCUGCGGGUUCUGACUUCUAUUCAGUCUAAAAAGAGGGAGGCGGGAAGAUGUUUCGGCAACCGUCGAAGAAGAGCAACAACACGCGGUACUAUGAGGUUCUCGGCGUGCCGCAAGGCGCUUCGGCGGAUGAGCUCAAGAAGGCUUACCGCAAGGCGGCGAUUAAGAACCAUCCCGACAAAGGCGGUGAUCCAGAGAAGUUUAAGGAGCUGGCGCAAGCGUACGAGGUCCUGAGCGAUCCCGAGAAGCGCGAGAUCUACGACCAGUACGGCGAGGACGCUCUCAAGGAAGGGGCCGGCGGGCCAAUGCACGAUCCCUUCGACAUCUUCUCCUCCUUCUUCGGCUCCGGCGGCCAUCCCUUCGGUGGCGGCAGUUUCGGUUCCGGGCGGGGCAGCAGGAGGCAGCGGCGGGGCGAGGACGUGGUGCACCCGCUCAAGGUCACCCUGGAGGACGUGUACAACGGCACCACCAAGAAGCUCUCGCUCUCGCGCAAUGUGCUCUGCCCCAAGUGCAAAGGCAAGGGCUCCAAGUCCGGCGCGUCGAGCCAGUGCGCCAGCUGCCAGGGCUCGGGCAUGAAGAUUUCCAUCCGGCAGCUGGGGCCCAGCAUGAUCCAACAAAUGCAGCAUGUGUGCCCCGAGUGCCGGGGAUCAGGUGAGGUGAUUUCCGAGAAGGACAAGUGCGGGCAGUGCAAGGGGCAGAAGGUGGCGCAGGAGAAGAAGCUGCUGGACGUGCAUGUGGAGAAGGGCAUGCAGCACAACCAGAAGAUUACCUUUGCUGGAGAGGCUGAUGAAGCGCCGGACACUGUUACCGGGGACAUUGUGUUUGUGCUGCAGCAGAAGGAGCACCCCUUUUUCAAGCGCAAGGGAGAUGACCUGUUCAUUGACCACACCCUCACUCUCACGGAGGCUCUCUGCGGUUUCCAGUUCCCCCUCACACACCUUGACGGCCGUCAGCUGCUUAUCAAGUCAGCUCCAGGCGAAAUCAUCAAGCCAAAGGAAUUCAAGGCCAUCAACGACGAGGGUAUGCCGCAGCACACACGCCCCUUCAUGAAGGGCCGCCUCUACAUCCAGUUCAAUGUAGAGUUCCCUGAUUCCCUUACACCGGAGCAGUGCGCCCAGCUGGAGACGAUUCUGCCACCUCGACCUGCACCUGCAAUGUCGGCCAUGGAGCUUGACAACUGCGAGGAGACCACAAUGCAUGAUGUGAACAUGGAGGAGGAGAUGCGGAGGAAGGCACAGGCGGCUCAGGAGGCGUAUGAGGAGGAGGAUGAUGCAGGGCCAAGAGUGCAGUGUGCUCAGCAGUAGCAGAUUUUGGGGGACGGGUAUUCAACAUGUGAUAUGUGGCGGAGGCUGAUAGGCUCCGAAAGCAGCUGUUGAAGUACAGGAUGAGAUACCAGCAUGCUGAGCUCAGCUAAGGUGCUUAGGCAACGGAGUUCUUUUUUCGUUAACCAGUCAAGCCACCAUAGGCGUCGCUUGCAUUCUUGGAGUGGACCUUAGUGCCCUGCUGGCCUGCUGCUUCAGAGUAGGGAGUACCCGCUGUGUGAAUUGUGCUGAAUUCACGAGUUUUCUUAACAGUAAAGUGGUUGAUACAUCUGACAUCGUAG